AUGCUUCCGGUCGGGGCAGUCGUUGCCUUCUCGGCCAUGGUCCUCAAGGCGAAGAGCGCGUGGGUAGUGGGAGCAAGUGACAUGAGCAAGAAGAAAGUCAGAAAGGACCCUUGGGCCUUGCCCGUGGAUCUGACGACUGAAGAAGAGAAGCGAAAGGCUGCACAGCGAGUGCUUGAGGCUGCGGAGUCAUCAUCACAUGAUCAGCAACUUCAUGCUCGCAAGGAUCAGCAACUUCAUGCUCGCAAGGUUGUCGUGAAAUCGAAGCUCCCUCAUCGGUCGUUGGCCAAUGAUCAAGUCAACGCGCCACAUGUCAGCUUGCAUCAGACUCGAUCGCCCUUUGUUUUUCCUAUUGACACCUCCAACAUCGCCAAAUUCAUGGCAGAAAGCAAAACUCCGUUCAAUGCAUUCUUGAUCACAGAAAACAAGGAGACGCCAGAAUGGUAUAAGAUUUUUGCAUCUGAGAAUGAUGGUGUUUGCACUUUUGGGGAGAUACGAUGUACAGAUGACCAGCUGAUGAAGAGCUUUGCUAUCUCCAUUACAGAUCCUCUUCCCGUGAUCAUCGUUAUGACUGGAUAUGCUGAGGCGAUCAAGGCAUGGCGCUUGUACAGUUUUUCGCUUUUCAUGUACAAGCCGAACGAGGGAAUGGAAUCAUUUUUUGCCUACAAGUCUGCGGCGCUGACCCCCGAGAGCCUCAUGAGCUGCCUUGACAAGGCCAUUCGCGUUGACACGAAGCUGAGGGACGGGCAGUCAGCCAUGCUGUCUACGCGAUCUGAGCAAGACAAGGGCGGGAAAUGGUAUUGA